AUGAUGUUCCGUUUGGCUACGGGGGCUUUAACGGCCAUGAUCGCAGGGGUCGCGUUGUACCCGCAGUCGGCUGAAGCUGUCCCGAAAAGCAUUGUGGAUAUCAUCAGAACCAAUCCGAAGCUGUCAGCGGCUCGCGAAUGGGCAGAAGAGUCUGGAAUUCUGCAUAAGGUCGACCUCUCGCACUACGGCGACAAGGUGACCAUCGUGCUUCCCUCGAACCAGGCUUUCAAGGAGCUUGAGGCGGAACAUCCUACAUGGAAAUCGCAGCUCGUCAGGAACAGCGAGGACGUGGAGACUCUGAUUCUAUUUGCGUCGACGGAUCAUGGCGUUACAGUGGAACAAAUCAAGGCAGGCAAAUAUGAGGAAGUUGAUUCGUUGGUCUCCAUCCUCUCGGAGUAUUCUUCUAUCUCUCGCAGAGGAAAGUUGUGCGUGUCGGACUACACUCGCGCGCUCCCCUGCGACGAUCCCGAUAGUCUGCCAUGCUGCGCGAACGUCGACCUGCGCCACGUUCUGGAAGCUGAGGAUGGAUACAUUUACAUCAUUGACAAGGUUUUGCUGCCUCAGGAGCUGAUCGACAAGCUUGAGGACUAA